CCAACACUUCCACCCUUACCACCAGUCACUCCCCAAACCUCGUCGAGCGCGAUGGGUAAUGACGGAGGAAGUAUCCCAGACCGCCGCGACCUAGUUCGAAACAAGCCAAAGGCAGAACAAGCCGACAAAGCGAACCAGACCCGCGCCCGAUGGUUCUUUUGCGCAUUAUCCAAGCGAAUACUUCAGGAGCCCAUAGUGGCCUGCGCUCUUGGGAAAUUGUAUAACAAGGAUUCAAUAUUGGAAUACUUACUUGACAAGUCUGCGUAUGGCGAUGGGGAAGACAUUUGCGGUCAUAUACGUUCACUUAAAGACAUUAAAACGCUAUCCUUAACUCCCAAUCCAACACCUCCUUCUCCUGGUUCAAUCACUAACCACGCCCAGUUCAUCUGUCCCAUUACUCUCAAGGAAAUGAACGGUCUCCUACCGUUCGUAUACAUUGCCACUUGCGGCUGUGUACUCUCUCAGGCAGGCUUGAAGAAUGUUUCUACGACACCCAAAGAGGAAAACGGCGAACAGCUUGAUGUGUGUCCCCAAUGCGCCAAAAAGUUUUCUAGGGCAAACGACAUCAUUCCGCUCAAUCCCCAGCCUGAGGAAGAGGAACGUAUGCGGGAAGCUAUGGAACGCAAACGACUUUCUGAGCCGCCGAAGAAAUCUAAGAAGAGAAAGAAUGUCUCCCCUGCAAAUGAGGCUCCGGCGAGUAAGAAACAAGUUGUAGCGCCGAGCAUGAAUUCGGGAAUAGCAGCGGCCAGUCGUGCAGUCGUGAGUGGUUUGGCGAUGGAGGAGGCGAAGCGGAAGGCAAACAUGAGUGAAGCAGUCAAAUCCCUGUACUCCGAGGGUAGGCCGAAGAGGAAGGAAACGUUCACAACGAUGGGGACCUUUACACGGUAUGCUUAAUCACUUGGAUCUGUAUUAGUGUCGUAUAAUAUAAUUUUCCUGCAAUGUUGGUCCGUU